GAGCCAAUGAGUACGAGUCUUUGAGUGACAGCUGUCCAAUAGAGACCCUCAGUGCUAGUACGGCUAGCGGCUUAAGCGCCGCCGCGGUCUGAGGAAUGUCAACUAUUCAACAUGGAGGCGGAGGUCGAUAAGCUGGAACUGAUGUUCCAGAAAGCUGACUCUGAUUUGGAUUACAUUCAGUACAGGCUGGAAUACGAAAUCAAGACCAAUCAUCCUGAUUCAGCAGGCGAGAAAAAUCCAGUUACACUCUUAAAGGAAUUGUCAGCAAUAAAGUCUCGGUAUCAAACUUUGUAUGCACGCUUUAAACCAGUUGCUGUUGAGCAGAAAGAGACUAAGAGCCGCAUUUGUGCUACUGUGAAUAAGACUAUGAACGUGAUACAAAAACUACAAAAGCAAACAGACCUGGAGCUGACACCACUGACUGAAGAAGAGAAAACUUCAGCAGAGCAAUUAAAAUCUCAUAUGCCAGACUUAUGAAGAAACGGACUUACAAUAGGGAACUCCAAUGGAGAAGAGAUCAAUUCCAGAAAAACUUAGGAAGAUGUCUUUAGCACUUGAUGACUAGAAUUGGGAACUGGUGAAGGAGAAGGAGGUUUGGCUUGAACGACUGGAUAAUGAUGUCUUUCAUAUGAAAGAAGAAUAUAAGAAGGGCAGAUAUAUGAAUAAAGUUCAGCAAAAAGGAUGAAAUGGGAAUAAAGGGAUUUACACGCACACACACACACACACACACACACACACACAGAGUCUUAUAAUUUUAGGCAAGGAAGUCCUUAAUGCUAUUUUACAUCUGUUUUCCUAUUGUGUACUUGGGAUAACGUAGACGUUCUGGCCUAUCAUAAAAGAAUUUCAAUCAGUCAAUAUGUGAAUGAGCAUGCUUUGGAAAUUAAAGGAUAGGUAAAAUAUU